UUGAUUAUAAGUUAAAUCGUUCCCUAAAGUUUUAGGGCAAAUGGGCUCCAUGAAUUCAAAUAAUUGGCUUUCUUUUCCUCAUUCUCCCUCUCAUUCUUCCAUUCCACCCCACCUACAAGUUGCUCAAUCUCAUCAGUUUUCGUUAGGGUUAGUGAACGAAAAUAUUGAUACCUCAUUUCCAGCCCAAGAGUGGAAUUUGAUGAGCAAUCCAGGACACGAUGAAGUUCCAGAGGUUGCUGAUUUUCUCGGCAUCAGUAAAUCCGGAAACCAGUCAGAACUCGUACCUUAUAACGAUAUCCAGUUGAACGACACGGAGUACUUAUUCUCAAACAACAGUCUUGUGCCAGUGCAACAUACCACAAACUAUGAUCUUCAAGAGAAUCCUCAUAACAUGCAAUCGUUGACACUUUCUAUGGGUAAUGGUAAAGGGUCAACAAGUGAAACUCUUGCCAUUGUCCCUGCACCUAGUGCUGAUAACAGUAAUACUAGCAUUGUUGAAGCUACCCCUAGGAGGACUCUGGACACUUUUGGACAAAGAACUUCGAUUUAUCGAGGUGUAACUAGGCAUAGGUGGACAGGAAGGUAUGAAGCCCAUUUGUGGGACAAUAGUUGUAGAAGGGAAGGUCAAUCAAGGAAAGGUCGUCAAGGUAUAAUAAAUCU